AUGUAUGCAUACCCAGAUUUCGAAGUACGAGAGGAAGCCUAUCAUGCUACGCAUUCUUUCACAAGGAAAUUUUGCGGAUGCAUGUCCUUACGAGGAGGAUGUGCAAUGGCCUGUGCCCUGUGGAUAGGACUUCAUUUAUAUUGUGCUAUCCUUGCAUUUCGAUACAGCAAUCCCGUUUUCUCAUAUCUAAACGUCUAUGCAUUGAUGGUGUUUGGUGGUGUAUGUUGCGCUUUCGUCGUUGUGGCAAUAUUCAACCUUUUCUCUCUUUUUGUGGAAUCAGCGAUCCUCUUAAGGCUUGGCCAUCGCAUCACUUGGGUUAUCGUUGUUGCAUUCUUAAUCGACUAUUUUGGAACAAUCAUUGUCUUUAGCAUUGAAGAAUCAUCCUAUACUUCAUGGUGUGUCCAAUCAGCACAAGGUCGACUCUCUAAUAGCACAGCAUCACCGACCGAUCCAGCAGUAUACAACUGCCACAAGCUAUGGGAAGAUGAGCUCAAACUUUCUAUUGCCAUAUACAUCGUCAUGUUCAUUUGCUACCUCUAUUGGGCCACAUGUCUUUGGUCCUUUUCACAAAAGAUCUUUGCUGUUCAACGAGAUGCAGCGACCAUCUAUAAUCGAGGGGCUCCACCACCAGCACCAGCACCAGUUCCUCCUCCACCACCGCCACCUAUGACUGGUGUAAUGAAUAUGAAACCCAACAUCACAGUCCUUGAUGAUGGUCAUCUUCCAGGAGAGCCAUCAUCCAUAGCUGCCGCAACGUCACAACAACAAGAAUACGUCGAUGAUGGUCAAAAGAGUGCCGCUCAACACGCACGAAUUCUCUUUGGAAAGCUCAAAUCUCUCUUUUAA